AUGGACCAGCUAGAUAUUCCUAUAGUGGUGUACCCGCCGUUCAAGCUGCGGUCCAGUCUGAUCGACAAGGAUCCCGUGAUUUGGCAGCACUUGCUGGAGACCUAUAUUGACCUGUUUCAAAAGCUGAUCGUCUUUUCGACCAAGAAGGACGUCAAGCUUAGUUUGAAGAGCCAGCAACAAUUGACCGCGUUCAUGAAGGUGUAUCUAUCCGAAACAAGCGAGGAGAGCACUAAGAUCUUUUCUCUCGGGGCAAUUAACCCGGACAUCCUUAAAAACCAGAAACGGCUCAAGAUCGUCGUUUUUCAGUUCAUCAAGAUCUACAACCUGGUUAACCUGAAGCUCGCGGGCGAGUCGGUUUGGGAUUUCUGCAAGGUUUAUUUGCGUCUUGCGUACGAGAAUAUGAAUAUGAACCAGUCGCUGAUCAGUGUGGGAAUCGUGCGAGACCUGGUGGAAGGGAGAGUGAAGUCGAAGAUCACGUCCAAAUCGGACGACGUUUCGCUCGUCAAGUCUCUCCAGGACUAUUUGAAGCUGCGUAUUAGCGAUACCAAAUUUAACCGCAUCGAUCUAGAGACCUUGAGCAUGCUUCUUGGGCAGAAGGUCAAAAAUAGAGGAAGCAGCAAGCAGCGGGUGGUAGCUGGACGCGGACAGCAGGACAGUUUCAGCGAGCGGUUUGUCAACGCUCACUGGGUUGAUAUUUUGGAAACACUGUACAACCGAGGCGACUCGUUGCAUGCUCAGCAGUGUUUUGAGAUUGCGCUUGUCUCGUUUGUCAGUCUGACGUCUGCCAAGAUAAUAAAUCUAGUGAGAGACCUUGGCGUUGUUUCGAGAGCGCAGCUGAUCAAAAAGUAUCCUCUGGUGGCGCGCUUAAUUCUCUCGAGCAAGUUCCAGGACAUGAACCCGGACCUGAGAAACAAGCUCUUCGAAAGCAAGAGUACGUUUGACCAGCACAAAAUACAGAGUCUACUCGCCGUUUUCCCGCAACUCACAGAGGCCCAGUGCAAAACGCUUCUGAAGAAGUACAAAACCGUGGAAGAGGCGAUGAACAAGGUGCUGGAGGGAGAAGAGGUCGAGGAGUAUACGGAAAAAAAGAAAGCCCGUGUCCAGUUUGGAAAAAAAGACUUCUCGCUGAAAGCCGAUAGCAGGACCCAGCGACAAUUGAAAAAGAAGACUCUUGAAAACGCGCUGCGCAUGCUGUAUGAGUCUGCCGAGGACGAGCCGGACGAUACGUACGACGACCAGGAUCUCACCCGAGGAGCAGACAAUCUGGCCAAAGACGAGGAUUAUGAGUCGGACGAGGAGUUUGCAGAGAGCAAGCAAGCAAACCGCGAGAGAGACCAGAGUAUGGAGUCGCUGGACCUCAAGCUUUUGCAGAUCUACAAGUCCAAUCCGGAGGCCUUUGACCGCAGCUCUAGAUACACGAACUACAGAAACCAGCUGAAGAGCGAGCUCAAAUGGACUGACGAACAGCUGGAAGGCUGGGCACGCAUGCUUGAGCGCAAUCCGCGGCGGUUCAAGUUGCUGGAAGAAAAAUUGCUCGAUGUUGGUGGCUCGCUGAACGGAACUAUGAGCCGUACAAAGUUCCAGCAGGACAAGCAACAGGAAAUGGAAAAAAAGGAGGGAACGGCUUCAAAGCCCAAGAAAACUUCCAGGGGCGGCCGCAACAACAGAAAACUCGGCCACGACCGAAAAAUGGCCAAACAGUUUAACUAG